AUGGUUAUUCUAAACUCAAACCCAAAGAGUGAUCCGGAGAAUACUGAAUCUACUUUGAUUUCUUUUGAUUUCUCUAAUGAACUCGAAAAUUCUGAUUCUAGAUUAAAUCAUUCUAUUUUCGCUAACAAUACUUAUAAUGCUAAUAAUAAUGAAGAAGACGAUGGUGGUGAUGAGAAUGAUUAUAAUAGUAAUAAAAACACUAAUUUAUUAGAAACCCAACACACAUAUAUUUCAAAUGAUUCUAAGAGUAAACUCAAGCUAAAUCUAAAUGAUAGCUAUGGCUCAGUCGUGGAUAACCAAAUCAAUGAAGAAACUUUGACAUUAGUUUCUGUUGACAACACUUCGAUCUUGAAAGAAAUUCAGGGAAUCACUAAAUCUUCUAUGCCUUUGAUGGUAACUUUUCUAUUACAACGUUCUUUCUCUGCUGUCUCUGUUUUCUUCGUGGGUCAUUUGGGCAAAACUGAACUAGGUGCUGUUACUUUAGGUUCUAUGACUGCUAAUAUUACAGGAAUAUCAAUCAUUAUAGGGUUGGCUACAUGUUUGGACACUUUAUGCUCUCAAGCUUACGGUUCAAAAAAUUAUAAACUAGUAGGGGUUUACUGUCAAAGAUGUAUUGCAUUAUUACUAACAAUAAUAAUACCAAUUUUAUUGUUUUGGAUCUUUCUUUCUGAAUCUUUUUUAAAUCUUAUUUUAAGCGAUAAAAAGUUAUCAUCACUAUCUGCUAGUUAUUUAAAGAUUAAUUCAAUCGGUAUGCCAGGUUUUAUACUAUUUGAAUGCUUAAAAAGAUUUUUACAAUCCCAAGGUAUAUUUCACGCUUCAACUUAUGUUUUGAUUUUUUGCUCACCUGCAAAUAUUUUGUUACAUUGUUUAUUGAUCUAUAAUAAGUCAACAUCAAUCGGUUAUCUUGGAGCCCCACUAGCAGUGGCAAUCAAUUAUUGGUUAAUGCCAUUGGGUUUAAUUUUAUAUUUAGUUUUUAAUAAUAACCCAAUUAACCCUCUUAAAUGUUGGAAUGGCCUAAAUAUUAGACAAGCAUUUAAAGGUUGGAGCAGAAUUAUUACAUUGGCCAUUAAUGGUAUUAUAAUGAUUGUUUCUGAAUUUUUAGCAUUUGAAAUAUUAACAUUAAGUUCUAGCUAUUUAAGUUUAAGCUCAUUAGCUGCAAAUUCCGUUAUAAUGUCAAUAAUUUCAAUCACAUAUCAACUACCAUUUUCAAUAGCCAUUGCAGUGUCUACAAGACUAGCCAACUAUGUUGGAGCCAAUUUAGUUGAAAAAUGUAAGAAUUGUGUCAAAGCUGGAAUAAUUUUAAGUUUAAUCAUGGGGUUAAUUGAUGCUAUUGUUUUAUUUUCAUUCAAGGAAAACAUAUCGAGAUUUUUCACAAAUGACGAAGAAGUUUUAAAUGAGAUUUAUAAAUGUAUAACGACGCUAACUGUGAUUCAAAUUUUUGAUUCAAUGAAUGCUAUUACAUCAGGAAUAUUAAGAGGAGAGGGGAUGCAAGAAAUUGGCAGCAUUACAAACUUAUCAGUCCAUUAUCUUAUUGGAAUACCUGUGUCGUUUUUUUUGGGAUUUAAAAUGAAUUUGAGAUUAAAUGGACUAUGGAUUGGAAUGAUGGUUGGAUUAACAGUUGUUUCUGUGAUUCAAGGCUAUUAUGGGAUAAUAAAACCCAACUGGGAUAGUUUAAUUAGGUUGGCAAGAUAUCGAACGGAAAUCGAGCGUAAUAUAUAG